AUGCGGGGGGACCGGGCGGCCGGGCUGCGGGCGCUGCGGGCGCCGCCGCCGCCGCUGCUGCUGCUGCCGCUGCUGCUGCUGUCCCGGGCCGCGGCGCUGGACCCCAGCGGGCUCUUCCCCUACGGGCAGUUCAGGGGGGACCAGCUCCUGAAGGAAGGCGACGACGAAAGCUCAGCCGCGGUGAAGCUGGCGAGCCCCCUGCGCUUCUACGAAGCUCAGUUCGACUACCUCUACGUGGGCACCAACGGCAUCAUCUCCACCCAAGACUUCCCCAGGGAGACCCAGUAUGUGGACGAUGGUUUCCCCACGGACUUCCCGGCCAUCGCCCCCUUCCUGGCCGACAUGGACACGAGCCAGGGCCGGGGCCGGAUCCUGUACCGCGAGGACGCGAGCCCCGACGUGCUGGACUUGGCGGCCCGCUACGCGCGCACCGGCUUCCCGCGCUCCGCCUCGGACUUCACCCCCACGCACGCCUUCCUGGCCACCUGGGAGCAGGUGGGCGCCUACCAGGAGCCCAGGCUCGGGAUGCCGCCCUCCGGAGAGCUGAAUACUUUCCAGGCAGUUUUGGCAUACGAUGAGUCCGAUACCUAUGCCUUCUUUCUUUACCCUGUCAAUGGCCUUCAUUUCUUUGGAACGCGCCCCAAAGAGUCCUACAAUGUCCAGCUCGAGCUUCCAGCCCGGGUGGGCUUCUGCCGAGGGGAGAUCGAUGACCUGAAGACAGAGGGACCGUACUUUAGCUUGACUAGCACUGAACAGUCUGUGAAAAAUCUCUACCAACACAGCAACCUGGGGAUUCCUGGAGUGUGGGCUUUUCAUAUCGGCAGCGUCUCCCCACUGGACAACGUCCAGCCAGCUACAGUUGGAGGCUCCCUUUCCGAAGCCCGCUCCUCAGCUUCCCGGGAGCAUCCCUUCAGCCACGCCGCAGCCCUGGAGAGAAACUACAGUGAGGACGAUUUGGAUUAUUAUGGUGAGAAUGAGGAGGAGCCCGGAUACCCACCGAGCGAACCAGGGGAGGCGAUGAAAGGCCACGGCAAUGUCAAUGCUUCCUUGCGCUCCAACUCUGACUCGGGGCCUGUGGGAGAAUCUGCCUCCUUGGACUCUCACACCAAACCAGGGAGGCGUGUGCAGGAGAUGGAGGUUCCGGAGAGAGGAGGCCAGGAGGAGUCUUCGGAACAGCCAUGGACCAGAGGCCCAGCGCCAUCAGAGGCAGAAAGACAUAUCCUGGGUCCUUCCCAGGGAGCCCCACCGCCCUACCUGGAAAACAGAAGCAUCCAGCCCGAAGUCGAUGGAGGGGCGCUGUCUCCAGAAAGGGGCGCUCAUCCGGCCCAUGGUGAAGGAGAGGAGGCGCUGCCCGGGUAUGCCAGGCCACGGGAUCCCGGGAGCCACACGGAAGGGCAGGAAGAUAACGGUCCCAACACCGGGGACUUCUUGUAUAGAAUUCCCAACAAGGAGACCUGUGAACACAACCACCAAGCGUGCUCCCAGAACGCCUUCUGCACUGACUACGCCACCGGCUUCUGCUGCCACUGCCAGUCCCAGUUUAACGGAAAUGGGGAGCACUGUCUGCCGAGAGGGGCGCCUCAUCGAGUCAACGGGAAGGUGAGCGGCCGCCUCCUCGUGGAUCACACCCCCGUGACCUUCACAGACGUGGACCUCCAUGCUUACAUUGUGAGCGAUGAUGGCAGAGCCUACACAGCCGUCAGCCACAUCCCCCAGCCUGCCGCCCAGGCCCUUCUCCCCCUCACCCCCAUCGGAGGCCUGUUUGGCUGGCUCUUCGCUUUAGAGAAACCGGGCUUUGAGAACGGCUUCGGCUUCAUAGGUGCUACAUUUGUCCAUGACAUGGAAGUUACUUUCUACCCAGGAAAGGAGAGGGUUCAGAUCACUCAGGUGGCUGAGGGGCUUGACCCAGAGGACUAUCUGAUCAUUAAGACCAACAUUCAAGGCCAAGUGCCUUACAUCCCAGCAGGUUUCACAGCCCACGUGGCUCCCUACAAGGAGCUUUAUCACUACUCAGACUCAGCUGUGACCUCCACAAGUUCCAGAGACUAUUCUCUCACCUCUGGUGCCAUCAACCGAACACUGUCCUACCACAUCCAGCAGAACAUCACGUACCAGGCAUGCAGGCACGCCCCCAGAGCCCUGGGCACCCCCGCCACCCGGCAGCUGACGGUGGACCGGGCCUUGGCCAUGUACAGCGAUGAGGAGAGAGUGCUCAGAUUUGCUGUGACCAGUCAAAUUGGCCCUGUUGAAGAGCACCCAGCCCCCGUGCCGGUGAAUCCUUGCUACGAUGGGAGCCACAUGUGUGGCCCGACAGCUCAGUGCUCCCCGGGGACAGGCGUGGACUACACCUGCAAGUGUGCGCCUGGGUACCAGGCGGAUGGACGGAGCUGCACGGAUGUGGAUGAAUGUGCAACUGACUUCCAUCGCUGUGGCCCCAACUCCAUGUGUAUCAAUUUGCCAGGAAGCUACCGGUGUGAGUGCCGGAGCGGCUACAGGUUUGCAGAGGACCAGUACACUUGCAUCUUGAUUGCCCUCCCUCCCAACCCCUGUGAGGAUGGCAGCCAUACCUGUGCUCCCUCUGGCCAGGCCCGGUGUGUUCACCUUGGAGGCAGCGCCUUCCGCUGCGUCUGCCUGCCUGGUUACACCGGCAACGGGUACCAGUGCACUGAUGUGGAUGAGUGCUUGGAGAACAGAUGUCACCCUUCAGCUACCUGCUACAACACCCCUGGCUCCUUCUCCUGCCGCUGCCAGCCUGGCUAUCUCGGGGACGGACUUCAGUGCACACCUGACAGCACCUCAGGACUGAAAACCUGUGAGCGGCAGCAGCGCGCCGCCCAGGCCCAGCACCUCUACCCGGGCGUCAGGAUCCACAUCCCCCAGUGCGAUGAGCAGGGCCACUUCCGGCCACUGCAGUGCCAUGGCAGCACCGGCUUCUGUUGGUGUGUGAACCCCGACGGUCAUGAAAUCCCUGGUACCCGGACUCCACCCGGCUCUAACCCACCUCACUGCGGACCCCCAGCGCCCACCCAGCGGCCCCAGACCAUGUGUGAGCGCUGGAGGGCAAACCUGCUGCAGCACUACGGUGGCGCACCCAGGGACGACCAGUACGUGCCGCAGUGCGACGACCUGGGCCACUUCACCCCCAUGCAGUGCCACGGGAAGAGUGACUUCUGCUGGUGUGUGGACAGAGACGGCAGAGAGGUGCAGGGCACACGCUCCCAGCCAGGCUCCACCCCUGCAUGUAUACCCACGGUUGCUCCACCCUUGGUGCGGCCCACGCCCCGGCCUGAUGUGAUUCCUCCGUCCGUGGGCACCUUCCUGCUCUAUGCCCAAGGCCAGCAGAUCGGCUACUUGCCUCUCAGUGGCACGAGGCUUCAGAAGGACGCGGCCAGGACCCUGCUGUCCCUGCAUGGCUCCAUAAUUGUGGGAAUUGACUACGACUGCCGGGAGAGGAUGGUGUACUGGACGGAUGUCGCUGCGCGGACAAUUAGCCGUGUUAGUCUGGAACCAGGAGCAGAGCCUGAGACAAUCAUUAAUUCAGAUCUGAUAAGCCCCGAAGGCCUUGCCAUUGACCACGUUCACAGAACGAUGUACUGGACAGACAGCGGCCUGGAUAGGAUAGAGAGGGCCAAUCUGGACGGCUCUGAGCGCAAGGCUCUCUUCCACACGGACCUGGUGAAUCCCCGAGCCAUCACUGUGGAUCCUAUCCGAGGCAACUUGUACUGGACAGACUGGAAUCGAGAUGCUCCUAAAAUUGAAAUGUCAUCUUUAUAUGGAGAAAACAGAAGAAUUCUGGUGAAUAAUGACCUUGGACUACCCAAUGGUUUAACCUUUGACCCCAUGUCCAAACGGCUCUGCUGGGCAGAUGCAGGAACCAAAAAACUGGAGUGUACACUACCUGAUGGAACUGGACGGCAUGUUAUCCAAAACAACCUCAACUACCCCUUCAGCAUUGUUAGCUAUGCAGAUCACUUCUACCACACGGACUGGAGGAGGGAUGGUAUUAUAUCAGUCAAUAGAGACAGUGGCCAGUUUACUGAUGAGUAUCUCCCAGACCAGCGAUCUCAUCUCUACGGCAUAACUGCAGUCUACCCCUACUGCCCAGCAGGAAGAAAGUAA